UCAUAACAAAUCUGCUGGAGGAAGAUAUGAACCUGCUGUGAAAUGAUUUCUUCAUCUCCAGCAGUUUUUCGAUUUUCAACUCCGGCCACUGCAACGUCGACGAACCGGCGACAAAUGGCACUCGUGAUGAGUGACUUGACGACGGCAGUGCUGUCGAUGUUUAAUUUGCUCGCAAAUUCCGUGUGUGUCCCGCGCCGUGAUAAACUGAAUCGUAAUCGUGUGCUGUCAGUUUUCCAACUGCAGCAGGAUCAGAGAUAGAUUUUACACCAUAAACUUACUGCCUUUGUCUUCUCACGUUUUUAACCGCGCAGUGGAAUGUUAUCAUAGCGCUUUUGUAAUCCAGUUGGAUCUAUUAUCAAUUGUUCAUAAGUGCCUACAUGACACAUCUUAUCAGUUGCUUGAGCAUUGUGCUUUGUGUUCGAACUGAAUAAGGUGAUUGUGCAGUUCUAGCUAGGAGUUUGGACCUCUAUCCACAAACGCUGGUGCUUCUAUGAACUCACUGCUCAAGAUGGGAGCUAAGCGGCAACUGUUUCUCAUGUCCUCAUCCGCUGUCCACGGGUACGAAUACUUGCAGCAUGCCGAGAACGAUAUGAGCGCCUUUUUCAAAAAGAACAAUGUGAAAAAGGUUUUAUUCAUCCCGUACGCCCUAUCGAACUACGAUAGCUACACCGAAAAGGUCGGCACCGUGCUGCAACGCUGGGGCUUCGCUUGCGAAGGAAUUCACCAGCAUCCGGAUCCCGUGCAGGCUGUGAACAAUGCCCAAGCGCUCUAUAUUGGUGGUGGCAACACAUUCCUGCUGUUAAAAACCCUGUAUGAGCAGGGUCUUGUGAAGGCAAUUCAUGAUCGGGUCUUAAACCAAUCCAUUCCUUAUGUGGGCAGUUCGGCUGGAACGAACGUCGCGACCCGAAGUAUUCAGACGACCAACGAUAUGCCAAUAGUUUGUCCGCCUAGCUUCGAUGCACUAGCAUUGGUUCCGUUCAACAUUAAUCCACACUAUCUGGAUCCGGAGGUGGGUGAAACGCAUAAGGGUGAAACCAGACAGGAGCGGAUUCUACAGUUUCAUGAGCUAAACGAUGCGCCAGUGCUGGGUCUUCGCGAAGGCUCCACGCUGCUGAUCGAUGGCGACCGGGCAACGCUUCUGGGAUCGAAAUCAGCUAGGCUGUUUCGACGUAACCGAGAGCCGGAAGAGUUCGACAGUGGGGCGGAUUUGAGUUUUCUACUGGAUGAGUGAAAUCGUGUUGUAGAUUAGGGUGUUUCAAGAAAUGUGUUGGCAAAGUGCAAUAAAUAUUCUUUUUUGUACGUAGAGCUACGGGAUACAUUUUGUAAAAACCGAAAUUGGUAAGUGGCGGAUUAAAGUUUUCAAAUGCUUAUAGUUUUCAGUUUACCAAAUAGAAUAUUAUAUUAGAUAAAAUGUAAGUACGCGAUUUUUAUGAUAUGAUAAGUAUUAUCAGAGCCGUAGGUACUCCGUUUUGCGUGGGGGGCGGAGAAUUUUUUUAAUUAAACGUUUUUUUGGAGGGAAAGCCGUUUAAAACCGUUAUGUGCUUGACAAAAAAGUACCUUUACGCGUCCAACGGAGUACCCGAGUUCUCACAAAAUAAAAUUCUUAUAAGUUUUGCAGUUUUCCUUCUAUGUCGAUAGUUUUAACACCGAAAGAUUCAGAAGGUCAUCUAUAUAAUUUCGAUUAAACGUUAGUGGUGUCC